AUGAUGAUUAAGAGUAGGAAGACAAUCACUAGAUUGUCUCAACCAUUGAAGCACUAUCAUGUUCAGACCAUACAUGUUGACGAUAAAGAGGAUAAUGAAGACGUUGAAAACGAUGAUGACGAUCAUACAGACUGCAAAUUUGAUUAUGCCCUUAUUGGGUGUACUGCCACUUCUGAUAAACCUUAUGUUGUUUCCAUGGAACUUUCCAAAUCUCAGGAUGCAUUGAUCUUAAAACAACCAAAGAGAUCUCCAUUGGUAUUUAGAACAGUUGUCUUGUUCUUGGUUAUGUUUUGUCCCAUCUCCACACCUGGUCUCGACCCUUGGGAAGCUCUUUAUGUCCAUUUUCCAAUACCCAAAACCUUCAACAGAGAGGAAUGCACCUGCAAUCCUGUAAGAUAUUUUGCAAUCUUGUCGACUCAAAGAUCGGGAAGUGGAUGGUUUGAGACAUUGUUGAAUAGUCAUAUGAAUAUUAGCUCUAAUGGGGAAAUAUUUGGGGCCAAAUAUAGAAGAAGUAAUGCUUCUGCAGUUGUUGAGACAUUGGAUAGAGUUUAUAGUCUUGAUUGGUUAUCUAGUUCUUCUAAGAAUGCAUGUUCUGCUGCUGUUGGUUUCAAAUGGAUGCUCAAUCAGGCUGAGAUUCUCGCAACGUAUAAACCUAAGAUUAACGCGACGAUGUUAUUGCAUGAUUUAAGGGUAGGUGAAGCCAAAUUCGCUAGAGCUGUGCGAUAUUUUGGCAAUGCCCGACAUAUUGUUCUUUACUACGAGGAUAUUGUCAGCAAUCGCACUAAAUUAAAUGAUGUUCAGAAGUUUUUGGGUGUGCCAUAUAUGGAACUCAAGAGCGGUCAGGUUAAGAUACACAAGGGUCCUUUGCAAGAGCAAAUCGAGAAUUGGGAUGAGAUUCAAAGAGUUCUCCGAGGAACAACCUAUGAGAGGUUUCUCCAUGCAGAUUAUGAAUUAUAA